AUGUCUUCCACAGAUUACAACUAUGAUGAGCAGGGGCAAUUCUUUCCCUUCUUCAUACUCACGCUGACGUCGCUCAUUACCCUCCCGCUCUCGUAUACCCUCCUUAGGCCCAGCAAGGAUCUGGAAAAUACCGCUCCUCGAAUAAAAUCCGACUUUCGUCCUGAACAUGGCGAUAUUAUCCGAAAGCAGAAGCUAAAGCUUCUGCUGAAAGAACGCCGAUUGAAGCGCAUAUUCACUGUGCUACUUGGAUAUGCAGUUAUGGCAUGGAUGGUCUACUUGAUUAUUGUCACGGCGAGGAGUACUCCGAAAAUAUGGGAUCCUUAUGAUGUUUUGGGAAUCUCCAGAAGCGCCAGAGAGAAAGAUAUUAGUAGGCACUUCAAACGCCUUUCUCUCAAGUUUCAUCCGGACAAGAUUAAACCGGAUCCAGCUAAAAACGAAACUAUCGAGACCUUGAACGAUCGCUUCGUUGAGUUGACCAAGGCAUACAAGGCUUUGACUGACGAGGAAGUCCGCAACAAUUAUAUUCAAUACGGCCAUCCGGACGGAAAGCAAAGCUUCAGUAUUGGUAUUGCGCUUCCCAAGUUUAUCGUCACUGAAGGAAAUGGUAAAUACGUUCUCUUGGUAUACGGGCUGCUCCUGGGUGUUCUGCUGCCGUUCAUUGUUGGGAAAUGGUGGUAUGGCACGCAACGAUAUACGAAAGAAAAAGUACUCGUUGCAAGCGCUGGGAAUAUUUUCCGAGAAUACAAGGAUGAUCUUGUUGACGGAGGGAUAAUAAGUGCUCUUAGCUCCGGUGAGGAGUAUAAGCAGAUGUUAAAGAACGGGAGGGCCGAAUACGGACUCUCUAAAGUUGAAAACAAGAUCCUUUCCGAUGGCAACUCCGCUGCUUGUGGAACAACUCUAUCGGCCAAGGACCGAAAAGCUUUAGCUGACUUGGAAAACGCCAGCAGAAGGAAAGCUCUGGCACUCCUAUGGGCAUAUUUGGGCAGGGUUGAACUUGAUGACCCUAAUCUUAAUGAGGAAAAAUUUGGAGUUGCUCCAACCGCUUUUACCCUCAACGAUUCCUUUGCGUCCAUUGCACUCGCCUUUGGCAACCUGCAGCCAAUCCUCGGCUCGUUCCACAUGUCCCAGUAUCUCAUCCAAGCUAUUCGACCGGGCGAAUCACCCCUUCUCCAACUGCCUCAUUUCACCAACCAGAUCGUGCGAGCUAUCGAAGGAGAACAUUCGAGGAGCCAUAUGUCAGUGCCACAGUUCAUGGCGCUUUCAGAAGAACAACGAAAAAAGUUGACCGUUGGUAAAAACCUUUUAUCAAAACAACAAUACGCAAGCGCCAUGGCUGUUGCCAAGCAAAUACCUGUUUUGAGCGUGGCAAAAUCGUUCUUCAAGGUCGUAGGGGAAAAGGUUAUCACACCUAGCAGCCUGGUUCAACUUAUCGUCAAGGCACGGUUUAUUCCACCGGCCUCCACUGAUGUCCCCGAGAUCAACGAGAAUGACCUUGUGGAUAUUGACCCCGAAGAAGGGGAAGAAGGCAAGAAGAAGGGUAGACAAGGCGAUUCAGAAGUCACAGUCCAACCACCGCUUGCCCACGCUCCCUACUUUGCCCGAGAUCACUCCCCCAGAUGGUAUAUUUUCCUUGCGGAUUCCAGGCAAGGCAAAAUGGCCGUGCCCCCAUUCACAUUCACCACAUUUGAUAAACCGAUCUUCGACAAAAAUGGAAAGCCUACUUUCAACGUGCAAACAUUGAGAAUGCAAUUCCAAGCUCCCCCGCAAGUUGGAAAAUUCCCUUUCUCUCUCUACAUUGUCUGUGACAGCUACAUUGGCUUUGAUACCGUUGCAGAUAUCACCCUGGUAGUUGAGGAUUUGGCCAAGGCUGCUGCUUUAGAGGAGGAAGAUGAUAUAUCUGAACCCGAUGAAGACUCAAUUGCCGGUCAAAUGCAAGCUCUCAAGACUGGCCACCCCCCUCCCAGAAAGCGGGUAGCCAAGAAGCCAACCGAAGAGUCUAGUGAGGAUGAGAGCGACACAGAGGGUGAGGCCGAUGAUACCAGCGAGACUGAUACAGAAACAGAUACGGAUGGAGAGUAA